AUGGGACGAGAGGGCGUCGUUCUUGUUGAUGAGUCGUACGUAAAGAACCGCCGAGUGUUUGUCCAUGUACUGGCUGCAUUUCGAUAUGGAAGGGAAGAUUUGGACGUGCUGGGAUUGUCCUUUCGAAAGGACCUUUUCUUAGCUUCAGUUCAACUUUAUCCUCCCCAACAGCCCUUUGUUGGUGAACUUCCGACUAACCCCAUUCCCAUUGUUGCCGUUGCCUCGUGUAAUGCUGGGAAUAAGAAGAAAUGUGCCACCCCUAAUGAAGAUGAAGAUCAAAUGGCUACAGAAAGCUUACCCAAAGAAACGAAGCCUCUUACCCGCCUCCAGGAGCGCCUCAUAAAGAAGCUAGGGCCAAGUGCUUACCCAUUUUUCUUUGAGCUCCCGUUCGCUACUCCAGCCUCAGUCACCCUACAACCCGGGCCAAGUGACAGCGGCAAGCCGUGCGGCGUAGACUACGAGCUCCGGGCAUACAUCGCAGAAGAAUGUGAUGAAAAGCCUCAAUCACGCGCGAAGGCCGUUGGCUGCGUGCCCAUCAGUCGGCGGCCACUGCCCCUCAAAAGAGGCAGUACUCCCAACUUUCAGCCCAACCCACGGAGCUCAGUGCGAAUGGCGAUUCGGAAGCUUACCUACGCCCCGGAAGAUUUGGUGCCACAGCCGUCGGCAGAGAUAGUCAAGGACUUCAUAAUGAGUCCAGGCACUCUGCGCCUUGAGGUCUCCCUCGAUAAAGAGAAGUAUUAUCACGGCGAGUACAUAGCUAUCAACGUGCUAGUGGAUAACAAUUCCAACAAAACCGUCAAGAAGGUUAAGGUGUCCGUAAUUCAGGUCGCGGACAUAAUGCUUUUCAGUCGCGCCGUCUACAAAUGCACGGUUGAUGAGGCGGAAUUUGAGUGA